UCCAUGUCAGCAAAAUAUUUAAAAAAUAAAUCAUUAUCAUUUACUCAAACUCAUCAUUAUCAUAUAUAUAUAUAUAAACCAAAUGGUGAAAACAAACCCUCAGUCCAAACUCCAAACUGAACGGUGCCACUACAACCCCUCAACUUGCUGCCAAGCCAAGUCUGCCACCAUGGACGGCAAAGUGUUUGUUCAAGACCUCAGAGCCGUCCACGCCAAGGAUUUAAACUUCGUCCUCCGUACCGAGAUAUACGUGUAUUGGGACGGACAACUCCGGGCCUCGCACUUGAUCCUCGGAGUGGAGCCGGUUUAUUCUACUUGGCAGCCUUUCAAGCAGGCACUGAUAGUUGACAGCCCCCUGCUAUCAUACAUAGACGUCCGGUACGUAAACUUUUUGCCGCCGAAGCUUACAACCGGGGAAGCGAGGGAAUUUGGUCGGCGGUUUACUUGCGCGGACGAGCUAGCCCCUUUGCGAGACGAAUCUGCAGAAAAAGCAUCCCGGCGUCUCAGGGAGAUAGCCCACGAAGCCAUACAGCAAGGAGACCAAGCGCAAGGGCAGCCCAUUCCCGAGAAUCCAGCCGCCGUGCCUCAACAACAAGUGACAGAAGCGGCUGCCUUGCUAGCUAAAGCUAUCCAACCUAGUGGAAGGAUGGUAUCAAGGAAGGUGAUGUCAAUAGAACGGUUCGUGCUAGGUGCCCGGCAACCUAAUCAGCCCCCGCCUUCCCAGGGCCGGGGUCAAGUGCCUCAGCCCCCACCCUCCUCGCAGGCCGGACAUGCCCGAAAGAAACAAAAAGUUACCGAUCAACCUUCCACGGGCCCGGGAGAUGCUACUGUCCAGACUCCUCCCCGACCAACAGGUGGAAUCGUUAUCCACGAGUCGCCAACCGAAGCUUGCACGGGGGACGCGUCCUCCUCCCAAGUGGCUCCAGUGUGGAAGCCAAAGUUCCUUUUGGACGGCAAGCCAUUGCCCUCAACCGCCUGUGUUCGGAUGUGGGAGAAGGGCGAGGGCGGCCGUAUUGCCCAAACUUUGGCCGAAGCUCUCCUACUUCCCGAGGACGUGCAUGCUUUUGAGGAGGGAUCCGAGGAGUCUGUGGGGUGCCGGUUAGAGUGGCACGCCAUUGCGGCCGCUCAAAUGGCUCACAUUGUGGCUGCCCGGGCACGGGAGCUUGCCGAGGAAAACGAGCGCGAGAAGGGGGCGCGGGAGUCAGCAGUUAAAACGGCUAAGGAAAAGCUGAAAGCUGCUGAGUCUGCUGAGAAGAAGGCUGCUGCUGCGGAGAAGAACCGGGCAUUGGCCGAAAAGAGGUAUGCGGAGCUCCUGACCAAGCAGAAUGAGACGGAAGUCAAAUUAGCCGAAGCCAUCAGCCUUAACACUUCCAACGCCGAUGAGAUAGCCGAUCUCAGGGCAGGCUUGUCGGCCGCGGAACAAAAGUGGUAUGACGUAGGUUUUGCUGAUGCCGAAAAUUCCGCAGAGCCGGUGGUGGCUCGGGCUCGGAAUAUGGGUUUCGAGGCCGGGUGGUUUGCCGCUCUCCAGGCAAUGGGAGUUCCUGAAGAUUCGCAGCUGAGAGACCCCGGCCAAAUUCCAUUUCCGAACCCUGUACCUGCCGUCCAGAACGCCCCGGCUGCUAUUGACGAGGAGGAGACGGCCAGUAUGAGGGAGCUGGUUGAGCAAAUCGAUUCUCACGCCGAGCCCGAGGAAAUGGAGGCCACCAGCAUCCCGACUGUGCAGGAGCUUCUCGGUGAGGACCCGCCUUUCCCUCUGACCGUUCAGCAGGAAGUGACUCCGCCGACCCAACCUCCCAGCUGAUUUUACUUUUAUUUACUAGCUUAUUUUUAAUUUUUUGGUUUUAUUUGCCUAUGUCACCGGGAUGUGGUGACUGAACAAUUGCCUUAUUUUGCUGGUUUUAUUUGCCUACGUCACCGGGAUGUGGUGACUGAACAAUUGCCUUUAUUUGUUUAAUUAGCAGACCGUUUUCUUUUCCCGUUUCAA